AUGAUUACGUCCGAUGACCUCUCAACUGCAAUGAAAAAUGAAACACGAGCAGGCACUGGAGAAGUAACAAAGGAACACUUAGAUUGUCUUGUUCCUCCAGAGUAUGGAAGAAGGCUAGUCGCACUGUUUGUCAAGUAUGUGUUUCCCGCUCUUCCGGUAAUAUCACGCUCCCAACUUGGGUUGAUCACGACUUCAUAUCAACUACCAGAGCUUGAUGCACUAACAAAUGUACCCGUGCAUCUCCUGGCGGCUGUCUACGCAUCUGCGUUCCCAUUCGUUGCCCAUGAUGAUUAUCUUUGUGUUUUAAACACAUACCACGCAUCACCAGUUCAAAGACUAUGGCGUAUGGUGUACGAGAUCAUAUCAGAGGAGAUCCACAACCCUCGCCUUGCAGUGUUACAAGCUGCUUUGCUUUACACCCACCAACGACCACUUGAUGACGCACAAUAUACGACCGCCGAUACUCCGUUCCUGUGGUCUUUUGUGGGUCAGCUUGUCGGCCUAGCAUGUUCGCUCGGCGUUCACAUUGAAUGCCGCAUGUGGGGAAUUCCGGCAUGGGAGAAACGUCUGCGGCGUCGGUUAUGGUGGGCUGUCUACGCCGAAGAUAAAUGGCGCAGCUUGCUGAUGGGGCGGCCCCCAUAUAUACACUCAGACGAAUGGGACGUAAGUGAAUUGGAUGAAGGUGAUUUCCUCGUUGGUCCUAGGCAAGGGUUUUCUACCUGUUCCUGUGACACCGAAAUACCGUUCCGGUAUCUUGUGAACUUGGCGAGGAUCGCCGAUGAAAUUCACGAAACAUUCUACACUUUAAGAGCUUCCCAGAUCUUGAACGCAAAUUUUGAAUCUUCAGGCGAGCUAGGCCGGGCUCUUUUAGAGAACCUAAAUGCUUGGUACUCGUCUUUGCCUGAAAAUUUUCGCCUGCCAAAUUGGAGCAAGUCGGUAAAUGGCCUAGCACCGUAUCCGACUUCCAUCCAUUUUGCGUAUCUGUUACUGGUCGUCUAUGUGUACCGUGCAAUGCUUCGACCAAUGGCACGCUCGUCCAGCCCCCGAUGA